UGCAUCUGCGCCAACUUAUCGAUUCAGCAACGACAUCUUCUUUCGCUAAACAGAAACACAUAUUCGUCCACCUCCGACAAUAUGACGAAACGCACAAAGAAGGUCGGUGUGACCGGUAAAUAUGGCACCCGUUAUGGUGCCUCCCUCCGAAAGCAGGUGAAGAAGAUGGAAAUCACCCAGCACGCCCGCUACGUCUGCACCUUCUGCGGCAAGAACACUGUCAAGAGACACUCCGUCGGUAUCUGGAACUGCAAGGGCUGUGGAAAGACCGUCGCUGGAGGCGCCUACACUGUCUCAACCCCCGCUGCCGCUGCCACACGAUCAACCAUUCGACGAUUGAGAGAAAUUGCGGAAGUGUAAAAGCAUACUGGGGCAUUAGAUGGGCGUUUACAAGACCAGCUCAUGAUGGAUUCUUUUGAGCCGAGAAAGGAUUUUACGAAAAAGCUCGAGUCUCGAUGACCAAUACGGCCGACUUCCGCUUCGUCGAAAGCGUUAAUUGCUGCCAAUUGACCGAGACGAAUCGAUAGACCUUUUUAACAUCGAAUGACCGAUUCAAACCUUUCAAUUGCGGACCUCUUCCUUCCGAUGAAUUCGCUUCAUGAUCUAAUACCAUGAGUUACGGUUAUCAGCCCAGUCGAGCCGUCUUCCUUGUCCUUGCAGUGCUCGACUGAAAUCGAUCUAACAUUGUUCCAAGUGCUCGAGUCUGAUCAUGGUCAUGGCCGAAUGCAAAUUUCAUACUAUUUUUUGACCUGCCGAGUCGUGCUGAGGAC